UGUUUUCUUAAGGGAUUCUUCCCGAAACCGACGCGAAAAUCUGAGAGGAGUCGACAAGGCUGAAAAUUCGAAGAUUGUUCUAAGAAGGUACCAUUAUGGAGAGCGGAAGUAUCUUGAAUUCUCCGGGUAGUUACCCUGGAGGAGACCGUCAGCAGUUUUGUGUUUCCUGGAAUUCUCAUCAGUCGAAUAUGCACAGCGCGUUUCCUAAACUGUUAAGUUCUGAACAAUUUGUCGAUGUCACUUUGGCCUGUGAUGGAGGGUCCAUAAAGUGUCACAAAGUGGUAUUGUCAGCUUGUAGCGAUUAUUUGGAACGUUUAUUAUUAGAAAUACCAUGCACCCAUCCUAUUAUCUUUUUGAGAGACAUGAGAAUGUGGGAACUUCAAGCUUUGGUGGAAUUUAUGUAUCGUGGUGAAGUAUACGUGGAGCAACAGCAGCUAGCUAAAUUAAUGCAGGCUGCUGAAGUACUACAGAUUCGUGGUCUGUCCACCCAAGGAAGUGAUAAUACUUUGAAUGAAACCAAUUCGCAACAAUGCGACUCUAACACUCCUGUUGUUCCAUCUACACCCACACAGCAGGAUGGUUCUAAUUUUAAAGUGGAGGAAACUCAGUCCGACGAUGGAGCUUCAAAUACUAAUUUUCUCGAGACAACGGCGGUUGCUGCGCCCAGUACAGCGAAUGCUCCAUCACACUGCAGUAGUACUCCAGUUUCGCAAAAUCCGAAUACGUCGAACUUCAUGAAUAUGGAGCACAGCGAAGCGCUGCAGCAUUUGGAAAAAGCUUUGAGCGCUUGCGAAGCGACUCUAACUGAAACCCAGGGGAUGGUGAAGAUGGAACCAGACGAGCAGUUCACUCAGCAACAGGAUAUAAAACCGUACUCCAUCAGUAUGGUACCGAGCAGUAAUUGUAAUCCUAGCAGUCCGUUUCCCGCGAUCGAAGGUUACCAGAGACGACAAAGACGUUCGGAAGAAGAACUGAAACAAGCUUCGGAUAUGGUGGCGCGUGGUAUGACGUUUCAGGUUGCUUCGGAAAAGUACAAAAUUCCGAUAAGUACGAUUCGAUUCUACAUGGUUAGAAAAGGUAUAUUGCAAAGGCGAAAACGCGGUCGCGGUUCAAGUAAUCUUGGCAUGAAUAGUCAGCCAGGAAGUCCGGCGAGUCCGCCAUAUCAUAUGAUGAAUUAUCGUUUGCCAGAGAGCCUAAACUCCAGCCUACCGUAGUGCUAUAACAGAUGUAGCGAGUUUUUAGACUUGAGUUGAAUCGAACAAAUUUUUUAUUGCCGUAUCAGAGCUGUUCCA